AUGGGGCUCUUGUUUAAUUGCAGGUUCGCUGGUCGGUUCCCCGGCAAGGAGGCUAUAUUCGACCUAAUGAGGCGAUGGAAGUGCAAAUCACGAGUUACUUUUCACCGGAAGGGGUGGCUCUGCUUUCAGUUUGGAAGUGACGAAGCGAUGGAAAAGAUCCGCCAGCAAGGUCCGUUUGAUAUCUUCGGGAUACCCUUGGUGCUUCAACCUUUACCGAAGAAGUUUGAUCCGGACAUGGAACCCGAAGUCAUGGUCCUAAUCUGGCUGAGGCUGGUGGACUUGCCCCUAGAACUAUGGAAUCUUACGGCGGUGAGCAAGAUCGCCUCAUGCAUAGGGACCCCGCUCUCUACCGAUUUCAGCACCUUGAGGUUCAAGACUUUGGAUGGCCCUCGCAUCCAAGUAAUCAUCGAUACAGCAAAACGACCAAAGGAGUCCCUUACAAUUCGACUUCCAAGCGGUGAGUAUGUCGAGCAGAAAAUUGAGUACGAGUUCAUCCCGAAAUUCUGCAAAGCAUGCAAAACUUACGGUCAUUUUUCGGAUGAAUGUCGGGGCAGACAGGAGGCAGGGGACCAGGCGCAGAGAUUUGAAGCCUUUCAACGACCGAUGAGCCGAGGAGGGGAGGGCAACGUCCCAAGGAACCCACGAUAG